UUCAAAAGGAGCGCACGAGGUGCUUCCGCGGGAAAAAGGCAGCUGCUUUAGCGAGUUUUGGACAGCUUGUUACCACGACGGAUACAUCAGUCUAGUAUUCCACUCUCUUGAAAACCAUGCAGCUCCUGUGGCUAAUAUGUCACUUGGCAGUAGUUACUGCGAUACCACUGCUUCCUUCGUCGUCGUUCAUUCGAACCCGAAGAACGGCGAAUACGAUGAAUGACACGAAAGCAGAUCCGGAUGAAAGUCAAAAGCCACAAAUUUGUGAGACCGCGCACUGCCACGAGAUCGCGAAGCGAAUUCAGCAAAACAUAGAUACUACCGUGAAUCCUUGCGAAAACUUCUACCAGUACGCUUGCGGUUCAUGGGGCAAGAACAAUCCUGUACCAGAGGGCAGGGACACGUGGUCUGACAAUAACAUUGUCUUCGACAAAUCCAAAAAACGAAUCAAAGAACUCCUUGAGGAACACAUCAGUUCUACCGAUAUCCCGCCUGUUAGAAUGGUUAAAGAAUUUUAUCGUUCCUGCAUGAACGUAGAUGAAAUUGAGAAAAGAGGCUUUGAGCCAAUUCAAGGGAUCCUGAAUCGUACUGGAGGAUGGCCAAUGGCGAUGCCAAUAAACGAAUGGGAUGAAAUGCCGUGGCAAAAAAUUGAUAAGGAAUAUAUAUCAUCAAUGGAAUGCGAAGCUUUCUAUUCUGUUGGAUAUGACAUUGAUCCGAAUAAUAGAAAACGCUACAUAUUGAUGAUAGAUCCAGUUAUCAAUGAUCUUCCCUCCAAAAAAAGGGAUCCUAUCGAAGCAUACAUGGCUGAUAUAACAUACAUAGCUAAUACUUCUGCAAGACAAAGUGGUUACACUCUAGAUGAAAAUCAAUUAACUUCCGAUGUAACAGAAAUGGUUCACUUUGAACUUCUACUUACAGAAAUUACAGUUAAACAGCUAAACAGCGAGUAUUUCAAUAAUAACAAAAGAAUGACGAUCGAAGAAUUGCAAAAGUAUUAUAAUAAUUUUAAUAUUACUGCAUCUUCGACGAAGAUAGACUUUUUGGAAAUAAUACAACAUAUAUGCAAUGAAGCGAACAUUCACGUAAACUCAUCUGAACCCAUUUUAGUGUACAAUCCCAAAUUCCUGCACCAACUGGCCACCUUACUUGGAAACACAUCUCAACGUACGAUAGUAAACUACGUUCAAUGGAAUAUGGUGAAAAAAUUCAUGUUAUAUACCACGCAAGAGAUGAGGAACAUAAGGCUUGCCAAGUCAGACAACUUUACCGACACUACCCCUCGAUGGAAAACUUGUGUGAACGAUUUGGAAAUGAAGACCGCAAUUUCCUACAUGUUCGUUAAAAGAUAUAUGCCAGACAACGUUAUUCAUGAGGUAACGAAAGUGGUUAAAAACAUGAAGGAAGAAUUAAGAAACCACCUAGAACAAACACAUUGGCUCCCAAGUUCUAUAAAAUUGGACAUGUUGCAAAAGACAAAUAAUUAUGGGAUAGAAAUUGGAUAUCCAGAGUGGUACAAGAACGAUGAUGCAGUUACUCGAUAUUACGAUGGGCUUUCCAUCGGUUCGGAUUACUUUCAAAAUAUCUUAAACGUGUUAAAAAAGAAAUCACAAAAGUUGGGAAUACUAAGGGAGGUUGUUAAGAAAAGCCAUUGGGUGGAUUAUCCUACGUCAUAUAAUGCAUAUUAUAAUCCAGAAACCAAUACAAUUAUUCUAUUAGCGACUCAAAUGCAAGAUCCUUAUUUCGCUCCACAUUUACCAGACGCUGUCAAUUAUGGUCGCGGAUUUGUAUUUGGACAUGAAUUAGGCCAUAGUUUCGAUAGAACAGGAAUAGAGUUUAAUAAAGACGGCAAGAAAAUUCCAUGGAAAUCUCAUAACGCGUCAAAAGAAUACGACAAAAGAGCGAAGUGCUUUGUCGAUCAAUAUUCUAACUAUAUCCUGCAUAUCUCAAAUGAUACUAAGGAGGACAUUAAGUUAAAUGGAACUAACACCAACAAUGAAGACAUAGCGGAUUCAAUUGGUGUGCGAAUUGCGUACUCGGCGUAUAAGAAAGUAGAGAAGGAGAAAAUUCAGAGCAAAUUACCAGGUUUUGAAAAUAUUUCCAACGACAAGCUGUUCUUCUUAUCUUUGGCAAAUUACUGGUGUUCCACGACGAAGUCAGGAUAUGACGAAUAUAUAGAAUUCGACAAACACAGUCCUGCCAAAUAUCGCGUCGUAGGAGCCCUGUCGAAUAUGGCCGCGUUCUCCGAAGUCUUCAAUUGCCCACAAAACAGUUCCAUGAAUCGACAACACAAGUGCAACUUGUUGGACUAAUUGUGAAGCACUUGUAGAAUUUGUACAAAGUAUGGAUUCAAAUGACAUGUUAUUUUUUAACGUUGGUUUGCAAUACAAAGUAAAGGUAUCCUUUUCAUUGUUUUACUAUAUAUAAGCAAUAAAGUGAAUGUUGUUUUAACGCAAAAA